AUGGCUCAAGCCGUUGCCGUCCUGCUGGUCCUGCUGGUCGCACAGCUUGCGGCCUCCACCUUCAAAAUCUGCGCUUUCAACAUCCGCAGCUUCGGCAAGGCUAAAGCAGCCAACCGGAAGGUCAUGGGAGCCCUGGUGCAGAUCCUCUCUCGCUGUGACAUCUCGGCCGUGCAAGAGGUCCGGGACUCCAAAGGAACAGCAAUCCGGAUGCUGCUACGGGAGCUGAACAGAUAUGAUCCUUCCCAUCGCUACGGCUGCCUGGAAAGCAAGAGGCUGGGGCGUGGAAGCUACAAGGAACAGAACGUCUUUGUCUAUCGGAGGGAUCUGGUCUCCGUCACUGACUGGUGCCAGUUUGGGGAAGAGGAUUCCAGCCCCUUCGAGGCUUUUGCGAGGGGUCCCUUUGCUGCCCGCUUCCGUUCUCCAAUCACAGCCACCUCCGAUUUUGUGCUGCUCCUACACCACGCCAGCCCUCGGGAAGCCGCCCGCGAACUUGACCUGCUGUUUGGAGUGUGCAUGGAAUUGGUGCAUCGCUGGAAGACCCAGAACCUGAUGGUGUUGGGAGACCUGAACGCUGCUGGGGCUUACAUCCCUGCAAACGCCUGGGCGGGGAUCCGCUUGCGCAAUCACCGCGCCUUCCAUUGGCUCAUCGGGGAUAAGGAAGACACCACCGUCAGCCACCGGACUUGCUGCGCCUACGACAGGAUCAUCGUCCAUGGGGAAGAGCUCUUCGGCGCCGUUGUGGCCCGGUCAGCCAAACCUUUCAAUUUCACACACGCGCUCGGACUCUCUGAAGAAGAAGCUCUAGAAAUCAGCGACCACUACCCCGUGGAGGUGAAUCUAAGGCUAGCACCAAAGGCCCAGAGGGAGCUCUGA